GGUUGGGCAUAUGGGCAUGCAGCGAACAAGCUAUACAGCUAGAGGGAGCGAUGGUGGAGGCAGAGUAAAACUCUAGAAGACGGACUUCUCUUGCCUUUUCGACACGAGAUCGGAGCUCUUCAGUGUAUAUAUACCUAAAAAGCGGCCGAGAGUGAAAUAGAAGGUCUCCUACUUGCACGGAGAAAGUAGGGAGAAGCCGGGAAAGCCAUGCAGCUUCGUUUGCAGCCACAACUACUCUGUGUGUUGGUAACUCUCCCUUUCCUCUGCCUCAAUGUCUCAUCUUCUGAUGGCAACCAUCCACUAAAGAGAGAAGCAAGCGACCAUCUUACACUGACAGUCAAUUCGAUGACGUCACUUCAACAAGCCAUCGACAUCGCCUCGUCUCUCGGAAACACUGCAGCCUACACCAAGAUUCAAAUACCUCCCGGCAACCACUUACUCACAGCACCGACUCUCUUCCGAGGGGAAAUCAACGAGAUAGAAAUGACAGGGGCGGGAGGGGGUGAGGUGCGGUUGCUAUGCAACUACUCCGUGGGGUCCAACAACUACACGUGGUAUUUUGCCGGUCUUCAGUCUGUGAUGCUGACUGGAAUCGGGUUCGAGGAUUGCGCAAGACCUCUGAGGCUGGAUACAGUCGCCGAGGUGACUAUUCAAGACUGCUCGUUCAGGAUGUUCACGGAAGCAGCACUGGACAUCUUCAACUGUCACCACGUCCUCUUCAACCACUCACUGCUUCAAGACAACUCCGGUACAGGCAUCGUCAACGCCAGUUACCGUGGCAACACGGGCGGAGUCUCGUUCGGCUACAACACUCUCCCCGUAAACUUCAGCUCGCCGUCGCUACUGGUAACCGAUUGCGUGUUUCGCAACAACAGCGCCCGUGCGACUUCCGCAUUCAGAACCUCCAGUCAGGCGUUCUUCGCCCAGAUUUUUACUGGACGUGGCGGUUCACUGGCACUCUUUGUAAACGAAUCACACUACGAUCUCGACGUCACAAUCAGGAACUGCAUCUUCACGGAGAACACAGCUCGUUCGUUUGGGGGCGGGGUCUAUCUGUUGCUAGGUGGGUUCGGGACCAGUCAUAGGGUUGUCGUCGAGAGAGCGAGAGUGAUAUCAAAUGUUGCGCAACUCGGCGGGGGAGGAUUUCAAGCGUCGUUCUUCAACAACGGGCCCGAGGAUGCCCCUCUAAUGAUGAGAUUUGAUGACUGCCGGUUUGAGAACAACUCUGGUAUUGCUGGAGGAGGCAUAUUCGUCUUCACCUCCACUGACGGUGGUGUAGGAAACCUGGUUCAGAUACGUUCGACCCUAUUUACCGGUAACCGUGGUUACACGGGAGGCCCCGGCGACUACGGAGCUGCGGUGGCGUUGUCUCUCCUGAACCCACUGGUGGAGAGGUCAAAUUUCCCUCGCCACGAGAUCACCGACUGUGAGUUCCACAAUAAUUCAGGAGCCAAUGGAGUAGUAAGUGUCGGCUACUCUCCCACGAACUUCACCGGAAGAAAUGUAUUCUCAGGAAACAAAGGAACUUCACUCAGGGUGGUGGGAGCCAUAAUCUACCUGUCAGGUGAGCUCCAUUUCACCAACAACUUCGCCACCAGUGGAGACGAGAGUGCCCUCCACAUGCUGUCGUUUGCACAAGCCAUCCUCAGUCGAGGUCUCUUUGUCAACUUUGAGGGAAACUCUGGAAGGUUUGGUACCAGUAUCACGAUAGAGGCAACCACGACCUCCACAGUUUACACUCAGCUGGCCGGGACCCCCAGUGUCCCUUUCUUCACGAAGACUUCGGCACUGUCCCUCAGAACUGGACCAACGUGACAGUCAGAUUCACUGACAACUCGGCCACUCUCGGCUCAGCAAUCUACGUCUCUCGACUCAACACCUGCUCUUGGUUCAGCCGAAAGCCCCCAUUUUUCAACAACACAUUCCUAGUCGACUGGCCCAUCUGGAUUAUCGAACCCACUAAUGUUGACACGGGAUAUACAGAGGAAGAGCAGAGAAACACGACCGUCUCGGUGCAGACUCAAGUCAAUACACUCAUCAUCAGCAACCACACCGUGAGUCACACACACACUCCUACAUACACCUCUCUCCCUCCUUUCUCUUCUUAACCCAUACCAAACACAACCGUCUCGGUGCAGACUCAAGUCAAUACACUCAUCAUCAGCAACCACACCGUGAGUCACACACACACUCCUACAUACACCUCUCUCCCUCCUUUCUCUUCUUAACCCAUACCAAACACGACCGUCUCGGUGCAGACUCAAGUCAAUACACUCAUCAUCAGCAACCACACUGUGAGAGCACUAUCCCAUCAUUAAUGAUACCCAUGCAGUUAAAGGCUACUAAUAAAUCAAUGAUGAAGUGUUAACAUUUAACCAGCCAUGGACACAUACAUGUGUCCAGUCUCCAUUGGGGGUUAUAGUACUAGGCGCUUUAUACAUCAAUUUCUGCUUAUUUAAGCAGAUACCCAUGGUGUCCAAAGGGUUAAAACCGCAUACAGUGGUGCACUGAGCCGUUGGUUUCACUUCUUUGAUGCUCUGUUGUGUAGCAGAAAAUGUGGUAACAGACAAAGUACCGCUGCACAUGCGUACCAAAGGUAAACAUUUUGACAGAUUGCUUUAUUGCGAUGACAUCAUCUUUAAUUAGCAGGUUAACUCCGAUUAAUUAUGUGAUAUAACGAGGAUCAUAAACUAAUUUAGGGAAGAACACACAGUUGUAAGAAAACACUAAUACUUCGGCAAGACAUUAUAAACUAAACAGAAGCUAUUUCAACAGACGCAGUUUGUGAUAUGUCACCACACACCAUCAGUGUGUUGUUAGAAAGAACUGCUGCAAGGCAAUA